UAUAUAUAACUUUGACUCUUUCCGCUUCAGUAACUGGCGAGGGGUAGACCUCAUGCUGAGGCGAGAGCCCAGUCAUGGAGAUGGAGGAGAAGAUAGAAAUUGUCACCAAGGAGGCGCUACUCAAAGCACCAUCAGCCGCCUUCCAUGCCCUAGAUCCAGAGCUUGGGGGCUGCUGUAGUCUCUGCCCUGCCUGUGGAUGCGGCUCGUGUCCGGGAUGCGGCUCGUGUCCGGGAUGCGGCUCGUGUCCGGGAUGCGGCUCGUGUCCGGGAUGCGGCUCCUGUCCGGGAUGCGGCUCCUGUCCAGGUUGCUGCUGUCCCUGCUGUGGUUGUGGCUCCUGCCCCAGCUGUGACUCCUGCCCCAACUGCUGUUGCUGUCCCAGCUGCUGCUGCCCCCCGAGCUGCGACUGUUGCUGCCCCCCGAGCUGCGACUGCUGCUGCCCCCCGAGCUGCGACUGCUGUUGCCAGCUGUGCUGCUGCCUCCCGCGGCUUCUGUGCCAGGUGCCCAAAAUGAUCGGCUGCCCUCUAAACAUCAAGAGGUUCCUGCUGGUCCUGGUGAUUGUGGGUCUUGUGGUGCUGGUUGUCGUGGGGGCCCUUCUGAUGGGGCUCUACAUCACCCAGGCGCAUACAGAGGCCCUUCUGCACAUGAGCAUUGGCGAGUUGGAUGGAGAAGAAUCCCAGUUGAAGUUCUCCAUGGAUAAGGAAGAAGUAGCCACUUACUAUGUGGAUGAUGGGAUCCACAACCCAGCCACGGUCAUUUAUGAUUUUGCCAAGCUGCUGAUCGGCUACAAGCCUGAACAUCAAGAAGCCUGUUACCUGGCCAGGAUGGAUAAGGAAAAUAUCCAAGGACUAGAUACUCUCCUCAAGGAAUUCCAGGCCAAGGUGUCCGUCAUGCAUCUCAGGCCAAAGGGGAAGGAGGAGGAGAAAGAGCAAGAAGAAGAAUUCCCCACAGCCCAGCUGGAUCGUUCAAGGCUGGGAACCACCAUUAACAUCCUCUGCAAACACAUCCCCAUAUUCUACACUUAGAAACCUGGAUCCAUGGUGAGCAGGGGUAGGAGGAAACAAAUGUACAUCACGGUGUCAGCCUACAAAUUCCUCAGAAAUUAUGCUGCGGCAAUACUUGCUGUCCGGUUGUUAAUCCCUUUCCUCCUUUUAUCACCACUUUUAUCACUAUUGUCCCCAAUCCCUGCCAGCACCCUUGGAGAUAAUGGGUGACAAAGCCUAAGAGAUUAUACGUAGUUUGUGCCUAUGGCUUGGAAUACUAAAUAAUUACUAAUCAAAAUAUGUAAUGCCUUAUGCAACUUAGUACAAAAUUCUAAUAAAACAACCUGGCACAGAA